AUGGGACACGUGAGGUCAGCGAUGGACGACUACGAGCACCUGCGGAAGCUGAGCGAGGCCGGCGUGGCGCGGCGAAUCUCGUCAGAGCUGGUGCUGACGGCGGACACGGACAGCUUCAUGGUGGGAGAGCCGGUUUGGGUGGGUGGCACGCUGCCCGGCAAGAUCGCCUACAUCGGGGAGACCAAGUUUGGCUCGGGCGACUGGGCUGGUGUGGUGCUUGAAAGGCCAUUCGUGCCGGCGCCACACUGGAACGGCUCGGCGGGGGGUGAGCCUGCGCCGCCGCCGCGGCCUGGCGACCGUGUGGCGGUCAGCAGCAGCACCGGCCGCCGCACUGGCACCGUCUGCUAUGUGGGCCGCACCGAGUUCGCCGACGGCGUCUGGGUCGGCAUGACGCUGGACGAGGCGCGCGGACGCAACGACGGCAGCGUGGCCGGCAAACGGUACUUCGACUGCCGCCCCAACCACGGCCUGUUUGCCCCGCUUCACCGAGUGACAGUCGUGCAGCGGCGACCGUCGAGCGAGCUGGACCGGCGCCGGUCCCAGGCCGAAUUCCGGCGGGACCUGCACGUCGCCGACGAGGACGGCUACUACUGAAGCCCUCGGACGGACGGCGCUGCCACCGGGCGACCCGAGACGGGUCGGCCGAGGCGGCUGCCCACGGAAGCCGUCGCUCUCUACACGGUCGAGCGGCUCCUGCCACUAAGGCCACGUGACGCCGCCCCUGACAUUGCCCGAGGUCACAUAACGCCGCUCCUUUACACCGCCUGAAAUCACAUGAUGCCGCCCCUUGACACUCCCCGAGGUCACGGGAAGCCGCCCCUGACACAAAGGGCGCUCGUCCUACCCCUGCUCCGGCCGGCCGCUGCCACCGACGGACAGAGCGGGGGAAGGGUGAGAGUGGCCGGGGUCCGCGAAGUCGGCUCUCUGGUGUCACCCCGGACCACCCUGCAAUGAGGUCAACAGUGCUUCAGAUGUAUUGGCGACCACUUGGAUCGGAGAGGUCCGGUGAAGCCAUCGACGCCGGCCGAUGAUUGAAUGGCUGUCUGGGGGGACUGCCGCCGAUGAUUGCCACGACGGGCUGCCGCACAGGGGGGCGGGGGGGGCCUCAUGACGUCAUCGCGGCCGGAC